AUGUCCAGCAUGCGAUGCACUGUAUCAUGCGCUGAUAUAGACGCUGGGAGUAAUCUACGUUACUUGCUUGAUGGAACCACUUCACAUGCUGGUCUUGAUGGACUAUCAUACGACAAUAAUCUUUUACGGGAUAAAGCCUAUGGAUAUGACCAACAAAGCGCUGGAAGGCUGUGUAUUUGGUUGACAAAGUCGGAGAAGAUGCAGGUUCUUCAACACUGGAUGAUGAAGGAACUGAACAACUUAUCCGGGAGUAUAUACAGGCGUAUUCGUACGUGCAGCCCUCUCAGCGUUCCCUCUUCACUCCUUGAUAUGUCUCUGCACAACCAGCCGCCUUGGAUUGCUCUGCCAACUGGUAAUGAUGGCAGAUAUCUUCACUUAAAAGCUAUCAACGUCCAGUUCAUAUGUACGCGUCUAUAUCCCAAAGUGAAGAUUGAGGUCGUGCACGGGUCGACGUUCAGAUACGAAUCAGACACAUUCAAAGAAGAACGAUCGCUGCAUUGGGAUUGUGACGUAUAUAUGAGGUCUGACACCAAGGCGGUUCUCUCAAUUCACUCCUUGAAGGGCAUUGGCUCGCAAAAAUUAGUUGACGAGGUUGGUUUGGACCUCAGCUCAGAAGAGUUUGGACUGAACAUGACAAUAUUGUACAAAGGGAGGGAAUCACACAUUAGGCUAAUAAUCGGGGAACGAAAAUCAGACCUCAAUGUUGCACGUUUAUUGGUCCCAGGGACUGUUAGUGCACUUGGAUCGAAAGUUUCCAUGCUCAGGAAACUUGAUAGGUUGUUCUGGGUAUGUGAGCUUGUAGUGAAGUUAGGUAUUGGUGCAUCCGAACUGAAUCCGCACGCGAAGGCUGGUGCCUCAAUGGGUGCUUCGAUUCUCACCGAAGUAAUUAAGAGAUUUCGAGACAUUCCCUCAUUUCAUACGGAGCUCGUAUCGCUCAUGGAAAACGUUUCAGAGCUUCUUCCCAUAGUGGAACUUGUUAUUGAACGCGUCACAGACAAGGAAGUCCAGAUGGUUAUACAGACGUUCUUUGACUUCGUCAUAGACUUGGCAGGAAAUUUAAAGGAGUAUGCAUCCAAGCCACGCACAAAAUUUAUUCUCUCGAACUGGUAUAAGCCCAAAGGCGAUGAAAUUCGACAGAUCAAGGACCGAUUAGAGAAUCUGUUAAGCAAACUGAAUCUUGGUAUGCAGAGUAACAUACUGGGAGUAGCAUCGGCAAUUCGCAAUCAACAAAUUUCAGAGGCAGAUAAUACUGCUCUGAAAUGCUUACGGCCUCCAGUUAACAGUGCGUUUGAUCCAGACCGGGCUUGUUUGCCAGGUACAAGGGAGACUGUUAUACGUGAUAUCAAGCAAUGGAUCUUCUCAGAGAAUCAUUCGCAGCGACUGUACUGGAUCUAUGGAGUGGCGGGAUGUGGGAAGAGCUCUGUCGCAGUGUCUGUGGCAAGUGGCCUGGACAAGGCAUUAUCCGGGUCUUUCUUCUGCAAGAGGGACAUCCCUGAACGGCGUAGCCCAGCUCGACUGAUUUGUUCUUUGGCGUAUUUCCUUGCUAGGUCAAGAAGUUCGUUCAGAAAGAAGCUCUUACAGCAGUUGAAGGAGGAGCCUGUCGUCGUGGAUAAGCCGCUUUCGACCCAGUUCAAGGACUUACUUUUAGAUCCUCUUUCAACGGCUCCCGAAGUGCCAGAGCCAGGGCCUAACGCCAUCAUCGUUAUCGAUGCUCUCGACGAGUGCGAAGAAAAUGAGACGGUGGCAUCAUACCUAAUUUCAAUGGCUCGGUCCACACCCUGGCUUAGACUCAUUGUCACCAGUCGCCCGAUCCCGGGUAUUGAACGACGGAUGAUGCGAUGCGGAUCGCUCGUGGCGUCUUGUGAUUUGUUUAGGAUGACGACCAAUGAAGACAUCUUUCACUUCACCCAAAGCCAAUUUAUGUCCAAUGACGAACUUCCGGACGCCCACCCAUCUCAGAUAGCCGCACUUGUGCGACGAGCCGCAGGGCAUUUUAUAUGGAUUUCCACCGUUUUAAAACAUCUCAGCAUAACGGCAUUUGGGAAGGUCGGGUUAUUGCAGCAGAUAAUCGCCUCAGAUUCUAACGCAUCCAAUUCUGAGGAGAACCUUGAUGGCAUAUAUCUUCGGGUACUUCAAGGUGCCGCCCUCGGCUCGGCUGACCGUGAGAAUGCGAUCAAAUGGAUUGUCGGCCUCGUCUUCGUCAUCUCGAGGAAUAGGCCGCUUCCCUCCGAGGCUUUAUAUGCCUUCUUACCCUCUGGUCUUAACGCCAAGCAAAAUGAAGUGAAGGCCUUAAUUGGGUAUCUUAGGUCGGUACUGUACGAGGACACUGAGACCGGUGCUAUCCGUGUUUGUCAUCCAUCGUUUCUCGAUUUUAUUGGGAGCAAGAACAGAUCUGGACAGUUUUGGACGGCUUCAACGGAGCUGGAUUUGAAUAUGGCGAGACAAUGCUUGGAGAUCAUGUUGAGUGGACUCAAGUUCAAUAUAUGUAACUUGGAAACGUCGUAUCUUCCGAAUGCCGAUGUCGUCAAUCUUCACGAGCGUAUCAAACGCUGCAUCCCGGACUCGCUUCAGUAUAGCUGUGUGUACUGGAUGAGUCAUCUGUCCAAUGUGCAGACUGCCGAACACCAGCUGCGGAGCAAGCUGCAGUGCCUUUUAUGCUCGGAAGUGUCAUUGUUUUGGCUAGAAGUUCUGAGCCUUAUGGGUAGACUCUGGCUGGCGAAAAGCAUGCUUCGGAAGAUUCCUGCCGUUCUCAAGGUCUAG